UUCCCCUAUCCCUGUCAUAUUUUUUCCUUGUUGGAGUGGUAAGCUGCAGUCAGUUUUGUUCCUUGACAUUUUGAGUAAAGGGUUCGCAUUUUCUUCUGGACUGACUUCUGCGGGUAGUCGAUCGGUACAAAAGUUAGGAUGUCUUUCUUAAAGAGAUUUUGUGUUCGAUCAUGGCAUCGGAUUAAGAAAGGGCCUGGAUAUGGUUAUGCCGAACUGUUUCACUGGUACUGCGACAACACAAAUACUCAUGGACCCAAGCGUCUUAUUAUUGAGGGACCUAAGAAGAAGGCUAUGUGGGGUCUUCUUACUAUUACAUUUGCAUGCUUGGUUUUCUGGAACUGGGGAGUCCUAAUUCAAACAUACUUGUCUUGGGGUGUCAGCGUGUCUCUCUCAGUUGGAUUUAGUUCAUUAGCAUUCCCAGCAGUUACAAUUUGUAACUCCAAUCCUUUCAAGUAUUCCAGAAUUAAGCCAUUGUUAACCGAACUUGAUGGAUUUGCUGCCAGUUUACUUGAACGAAUCUACAUUUACAGCCAAAGUGGCACAUUGCCUGACCCAUUGCUUGACACAACAAGCAGAAAUGCAACAGGGCAAAACCUUCUUUGGUACCACCUACCCUUAGUGAUCAUUGAUGAAACAGAUGGGGAUAAUCCAGUCAUAAUUAAUAUCCUUGGACCCAAUAAUCUUACCUCAACUAAUGGAACCACAGCAGGCUACCCCAUACCUCCACGGAGAUAUAAAGUAGCCUUUGAGCUAUGCAAUGCCAGUGGGUCUGACUGUUUCUACAAGAAUUUCAGCUCCAGUCUUGAGGCUGUCAAAGAAUGGUAUACUCUGCACUACCUAAACAUAAUGUUGAGAAUUCCCUUGGCAGAAAAAGCAGCAAUGGGCUACAGUGGGAAGGAUUUGAUUCUUACAUGUUUUUUUGGAGGCAUUGCCUGUGACUAUACUAACUUUACACAGAUAUAUCAUCCUUCCUAUGGCAAUUGUUACAUUUUUAAUUGGGGUCUGGAUGGAAAUGUUGCUGUCUCGUCAAACCCUGGAGUUGGCUUUGGGUUGCAAUUAGUAGUAGACGUCAAUCAAGAAGAAUACAUUCCAUUCCUAACAACAAGUGCUGGGGUUCGAUUCUUGCUUCAUGACCAGAAGACAUUUCCUUUUGUUGAGACUAUGGGCAUAUAUGCAUUGGUGGGGACAGUUACAUCGGUUGAAAUACUGGUGGAUGAAGUUAUGCGGAUGGAACAGCCUUAUGGUACCUGCACAGCUGAUGGAUCAGAUGUCCCAGUUAAUAACUUAUACAGUUCAUACAACCUCUCCUAUAGUAUGCAGAGCUGCCUUUGGUCCUGCUUCCAGGCUCAGAUGGUAAAGAGAUGUGGGUGCGCUUACUACCUGUAUCCUCUCCUGGAUGGAGCCAACUACUGUGAUACUCAAAACAACUCAGACUGGGUGUAUUGUUAUUAUCAUCUACAAGACUCCACAGAUGCAAAUGAGGAGUGUAUCCAGAUAUGUGAGCUGCCCUGCAUUGAAAAUCAGUUCAGAAUAUCAACAUCUAUGGCAGACUGGCCAUCCGAGUCAUCAGAGGACUGGAUUUUUCAUGUUUUAUCACAUGAACGAGAUAACUCAAGUGACAUAACUAUGAACAGUGAUGGUGUCCUCAGAUUAAACUUCUACUUUAAUGAAUUUAAUUACAGAGUAAUUUCUGAAUCAGCAGCCACAAAUGUUGUAUGGCUGCUCUCCAACUUGGGAGGCCAGUUUGGAUUUUGGAUGGGUGGAUCGGUUCUGUGCAUCAUUGAGUUUGGUGAAAUCAUUAUUGACUGCAUAUGGAUUGCUAUUAUCCGAUUUGUCAUCUGGCAGAAAAACAGGAAGAAAAUGCAACUACCACAACUGUACAAUGACCCACCACCGACAGUGUCAGAGCUUGUGGAAGGCAUUAGCAACCAAGGAUUUCAGCCAGACAUUAUCAAUAGCUGCACUUCCCAACCACAGCCUCCUGACCUGCAUAUACCAACAACCUUGGAAGUGCCUGGAACCCCACCACCACAUUAUGAUUCAUUACGUAUUCAACCCAUUGACAUGGAGCAACAGAGUGACAAUGAAGACUUUUAAUAUUAUGAGUGUGAUCAGCCAGAUAAAACUCAUAAAAUGCUUUGUGUGCAAAGAGUAAUGUAUGGUAAAUAAGUUUAAAUCAGUAAACCAAUGCUUGUAACACUUCUGUUUAAUACAAUGGAAUGUCUUAGUAAACUACCCUACCUUUCAAGGUCAUUAAGCUGACUGCUUUUAUAAAUACAGUAAGUGUGUUUGUACUCCAAAAUAGGACAGAUGUAUGUAUAGUAAAUCAGUGAUAAACAAUUGCUAUCCCAGAUAAUGUUAUUAAUCAUUAUCCUACUCAAUGACGUCUUACUGUAUCAACAUGAUUACUAAAAGAAAAAUUAUUAGUAAUCGAAACACCCAGGUCCCUAAAAACCUCAACUGCAUUCAAGAAUGACAAUAAGAGAAUAAUCUGAUGAUGAACCUGGAGCUUCCCAAAAUACAUAAAUGAACAUUUGGUCAGCACUAAAUUUUAGACAUAGAAAUGGCAUAAAAAUAACUGCUGAUAGGUAUUUACUAAUAAUUAUUUCAUCAUUUCAUUCAUAAUUAUAAAGACAGUCUUUUAAGUCAUUCACAUAUUUGCUGAUGAAACAGUGUUAGUCCAUGGGAAAGGUGGAAAAAGAAACUGUAUUAAUUGGAUUCAGGUCUGAAACCUGAUGGACACCUAUGCUCACCUGUAAUGAGUCAGAGUGUAUGUUCUAGAUUAUGACAGAUUGUGUUCUUCCAGUUAACAAAGACAUAAUCCAAUGCCAGCAUGAGAUACUGUUUUUAAUAUUACUUGGUAAGGAAAGAAAUCAAAGGCCUUGGCCAUGUCCAAGUGUAAUACAUCUACUGUAAUACCUUCACCCGUCUAUAAGGUUAGUUGAGGUAUGUUUGUCCUAAAAACCUAUGAUGAGAUAAGUCUCGCUGUUAAAGUUCACCAUUAUUGUUUAUGAGGUCAGUAAUAUACCACUCAAAACAUUUGCCAAGAGCAGAGGUCAGACAUUUGGAAUGAUAGCUUUAACUUCAUCUUCAUUUCACUGUUUAUAAAUUGGAGUAACACUGGAUUUUCCACAAACUUGGAAUUACUCCAGAGAGUAAUUUAUUAAAAAUCAGUCUUAUUUUAGAUGCAAAUGCCCCAAACAUUACCUAAUAGUAAUGGCGGUAUUAUGUCGGGCUCCGCUAGUGUGGAUUACUAAUCUUGGCCAAACUUUUCUCAAUUAUGUCACUACUAAAAACUGGACAAGGAGUUGAAGGAUUAAUAACAUUCCAAGUUUCACCCUAGUGAAAAGCCAAAGUACUAUUACAUGUAUUCACGUAAUAUUUAUUAAAUUUAGUAGCAAUUAGCUUAGGCUUAUGCAGCAUAAUAUUGUUAACUUUGACAGUGUUAAUAAUAUUUUGUGAUCUAGUUUUUCUAGUAAUACACCUAAAAUAAUUGCUUCUGUUGACCUUAUCCUUUCUUAAUUUUACACCAAACGCAGAACGGAUUAUAAUUUGAAACUUAAAACAUUUGCUUGCCCCGAUUCAGUUUCAUUUUGUUGUAACAGCUAGGGAACAUCUUGUAAUUUUUAAAAAUGAUUUUUUUCUUAUAUAAUAUUUUCAAGUUAUUUGACCACCAGUAUGGAAAAUGAGUUGUGGUCCUGUUUAACUUUAUAUUUUCUAUAGACUCUACACUUUUGAGAAUAUUUUCCAGAGUUGAGUAAAAAGAAGUUAUGUACUCACCAUAACGUUUCAUCUGAGUAGGUACUUCAUUUGUCUGCAACCUGUGGAACCUGUGGGUAUCGGGUCCAAUCUCAGACCCAAGCCAGCAGCUUCACAAGCUACAAGAUCCGAGCUCCUAGCUCCUCCCCCUACCCAUAAUCCCCUGCCACUAACUGUAUUACCUCAGAUUGAUUUUGCCCAAUCUAAGUCAUAACCUCGACAGAGGUAUACUGAAGACCUAACCUCCAGACAGUAAAAUGUCAGGUCACCAGAAGAAAACCCGAGAAAAGGUUAGGGGGAUGGCAGGGGGGGAUGGUUGCAGACAAAUGAAGUACCUACUCAGAUGGAACAUU